GCAGUCUUGAGAAGGAUCGAAGACCUGCAGCAACUAAUCAAACAGCUGGCUGGAUCGCGUGACACAGAUUCGCAGAUUUCCUCGUCUGGUUGCUCACAAUGGCUGACAUUGUACAUAAGUUCAACCAAAUUUCCCUGAGAGGAAAUUCGUCGCAAAACGACAUCAACGCGAGCCUGCAGGAGGGCGUGCUGGCGGAGGCGAGAGCCCCGGCUGGCGGCCUGCGCUUCUUCCGCUGCUUCCCGUGUGGGAAGGAAGACAUCUUCGACAUCGCUUCGCACAUCCAACAGCUGAGCCAUAGGAACUCCCUCGCCUGGGACGUGAUCAAGCACGACCACCCGAGCCCCGCCCUCCUCCACCUUCUGCCCGAAGACGUGAGGCUAGCCAAGCUGGACGGCCAUGUUGAGGCUGUCUGUAGGACCCUUUUCUCUUUCCAGUGCAAGGUUUGCCAGGGGAAAAAGCCCUUCAACGGCCUGAUGCCCUUGCUUCAGCACUUAAGCGGGAAGGAGCACAAGAGGGCCUUGGACAGGACCACGCGAUCCCCGCCCGUCGCCCAGCCCGCUCCCAGCCUUUCAACUUAUGCCUUCUCUCCGCUAAGCAGUGCCUGUCACUUCGGUCAGCAGGCAGUCCCUAUCGCAGAGCCAUCGCCGUCGGUCCUCGCACCUCCGAGUGUGGUAAGUGACAACCUGGACAUCGUAAAGACUGAGGUGGAGAAGAACCUGCGGUGUGGCGUGGUGACUGUGGCGGAGAAGACCGAGACCCACACCUCCUACUUCUGCAAGAGUUGCAGAGCUCCUCUGACCGGCGACGAGCCCUUAAGGCAGCACGUCAUGGGAAAAACCCACAAGAAGAAAACUAAAGAAGUCGACUCUGUGGCCUUGGAUCCAGAACCCAUGAGGCCUUUCACUCUCUCACCGCCUGUAAUGAACCCAAUUUGGCAGUUCCCUUGGAACGUCAAACCAGCCCCUUAUCCCCGCCAGCCUGACGCAGGGGUGUACAAGAACCUCAGUGUAGCAAGAGGAAUAGUUUACAUUUUCAACUAUUAUUUCUCAGACACACAGAACGUUAGGUCUGGGGCAACAGUAGAUACCUACAACCUGAAGGAACUGUUUGUGAGAAUGGGUUAUCACGUGAAAGUGCAUGAACAACUAAACAAACUGGCAACAGAAGAAAGACUUUGCGCCAUUCAGUCUGAUGCUGUGCUAGAUUAUUACGAUUCAUUUAUCAUGAUCUUCUUGAGUCAUGGCAAAGACGACACGGUAUUCUAUACGGAAGACCAAGCGAUGAUGAGUCUCGAUGACGUGCGGUACUUCUUCGUCGAUGGUAAAUGUCCGAGACUGAAGAAUAAGCCCAAGCUGUUUUUGGCGAAUUUCUGUCGAGGAACACUCGCGGAGACGAGGAAGUACGAGACCGAUUACUCCGGCUCGGACAAGACUGCGGAGGCUCCUAAGGACAUGGUAACGAUAUAUGCCAGCAUCAAGAAAUUUAUGGCAGUAAGAGAUUCCGAAAAGGGCACGGUCUUUGUGCAAGCGCUUUGUCAAGUCCUUGCUGAAUAUGCGCACGAGCUGGAGCUUCAGGAAUUGUACCAUAAACUUUGCUCGGCCAUGAGAGAGCGGGAAGGUACCACACCAGAAUAUCAAAAUUAUUUUUUCAAGAAGUUUUUCUUCAACCCGAUACUCAUUGAAGGACAUCCCAAAGCAUAAAAAAUCUCCUUUGUUAAGUCACUACAGCAGAUUUUUUUAAUCAAUUUUAAGUCCCUGAAGGGGACUUAAAAUUGAUCUUGUGUGUGUUCUGCUAUUGUUUUAUUUCAUCUAUCAAUUCUGGUCACAUUCUUCAAAAAGCUGGCCAAUGACCUAGAGUUUUGAGUAGGGCGUUACUUACCUGUAUUAAUCAUAAAUGUAUGUUUGGUUUCUUACUCUAUCUAUAUAGUUUUUUUUUUUUCAAAGGUACCAAAUGUUAUAAUUUCCUUACUUUGAAUUUGUGUCGAAAACCCAAAUUCCACUUUUGGAAAGAGUGUCCAUUAUGGAAAAGAAAAUGAAUUAAUGAUACAAAGAAAAACUCGAAUGCGAUUACACCGAUGAUUAAAGAAGAUUGAAAUAUAACAAUCAUCCUGAUCAAUGACCUCCAGAGAAAAUUUAUGGUUAUAACAUAAUUAAGAGUCAUUUUGCGGAAAUGUGAGAAUAGAAAUAAAAAAAUAUUAGUCUUGAAGUGCCAGAAUCACCCCAGAGUUGCUCGUAUGAGGCGAAAUUCCAUUACGAGGGGACACGGUUCCGUUCGUUUUCAAGAAGGAACAAUUACUCUACCUUAGAAGCGUUUUUUUAGAAUCUCUUUCUAUCUAUCUCUCUCUCUGUAAAUAUAUAUAUGUGUGUGUGCGCGCGCGCGCGUUCGUGUGUGCGUGCGUAUGUAUGUCGUAAGAACGUAUUCAAAAGAUAAGAGUGAAUCAGAUGUGUAGUGUUACUCCCAUCAACGCUAUUAUAUUAAAUCAAGUUCUGAUAUUUCCCUUCAUAAGAUUAAAGUGGGCUUUUCCCACAAGAUGAACAUUCUCUUAAAUAUUGUUAAUGUAAAUGGUAGCGUGGCCAAAGUUUAAGGGAUUCUGAGCUUAUGUUGUUAAUAUGGAGGUCGUUCUAAGAGACACAGUUCCAUCUUCACUUUAUUAAAACCAUUAAUAAAGAGACACAUACAGCUUUACCAGGUACCUUUGAUGCAUAAGAAUUGCAUAUCCUAUGUGGUGAUAUCCCCUUAAUGACUGAACUUAUCUGUAAAAACGGGGCGCGUCCUCCAACACCUGACAAGCUCGUACCGUUACAGACGCAGCGUAAAUGAGUAAGAGAGGAAGAGAGUAGUUAUUCUGAUGAACUAAAGGGGGGGGGGAGAAAUCCUUAGUUCAAGGAUAGGAAGGGAAGCUAAGGGUAGCUAGCUACUAAGAAAUUGAAGUGAGAUGGAGUGAAAAAGCAGGGGGGGCGAGACCCCUUGCUUGGUGUUUUCUUUGGCAGACUGGUGCGAUGUAGUUUUUGGAACUGGAGCCAGGUUGGUUUGGUAGGUUGCUGCUUGGGAUUUGCGAAGUUCUAGCUUCGCCCGGGCCUUGUCAUAGGCUCUUUUACCAGCAAUUCUGAUUGGUUAACUAUGUGGGAGAACCACAUAUGUAUGGGAGACUGAUGUAAAUAAUUUGGAGAGUUUAGGUGCCACAUAAAACAUUAUUAUAUUGAUCCGGCGUAAGUUCGUCCGAGAACGAGACAUCCUCUGCGUCCGGAUCGGCGACGAAGACAAUCAGAGACAAUCCCCCAUUAUAGGGCAUCACUACAGGAGGAGCAUCUUCAUGAAUUUAAGGCGAUACUAAGUCCAUUGCUGUCAUUACAUGAUCACUGAAUGUAUGUUAUGUAAUGGUGCUUGCAUGCAUUGUCCAUUAUGUACAGCACAACCUCUGUAUAUUAUAAGUCACUCUGUACAGUUUAUAGCAAUACGCCUGAAGUUACCUUCACUCGCUCAUCAAAAGUGUAAGGUGGCUUUCAACCAAGCGGGUCUUGAAGUAACUCAGGGACCGCUCGAAAAGCGCUGCCCCGGAUGGAGGGGCUUAUUUAAUAAAAGGACGUACGUGAAUUAAA